AUGAAAUUCAUAUCGACUAUUGUGUUGUUGCUAUUGUCAGUGACAGUCAGUGCAGUAGUCAUUGAUCGUCCGUCUGCCAGCGAAUCAGAAUCUGUAAAAGAAUGUUCAAUACACAUGCAGCAACACACUGGUAUUUGCGCUUCAACUGGAACAGAGCAACAAUCAACUGAAUCCAAUCAUGGUGUAGCUCAGUCGACUGUAGAUCCUGAUGAUUCAGACAGUUCUGUUGAAGAGUCCAAUGAAUCAUCGUCAUCCUCUCAGUCCAAACAGUCAGAUGAUGAUAUAUUUGACAACACACCAUGCGACGACGCAUUCCCUCUCCCUAAAAGCUAUGUCCCAGAGAAUGAACGGUAUAUUCCCACACCUCAGCAAAGAUUGUCUAGAGUCGAGGGUUAUUUGAAGCUAGAAAAUAUGGAAAUUCCAGAAAGUGUUGGAGACGGAUAUCCGCACAAGAUGAACGCCAAGACAAAGGAAAGAAUACUAGAAGUUAAACGAAGGAUACGUGGGCGUAAAAUGAGCUCAUCUGAUAAAAAAAAGUUUGAAAGAUUUGCAGCAGGAAGAUUAUGGGUGUGUCGCAGGUUUGCUCUUGAACCUCCUGAAGAAGAAUCGAUAAGCGUUGUAUCUGAACCUACUCCAGAAUUAAAAUCCAUCUUGAAACCCGGAUCUACUUUUAAACCCCACGGCUCAAAACACGAUCAUUCUAAAAAACAUCAGCAAAAGUCAAGUCACGAUGUUGGUUCAAGGGAAGCUAAAGUACACUUUAAACCUGAGACUAGAAUUCUUAGAUAUCUAAGUGAAUCUAGCGCAACUCAAGAAUAUGAUCUUCAACUUCUUCCACCAGAAUCAAGGUUUGAUAGACUCAAACGACAAAUGCUAGAACUCAUUGGAUAUAAAAAGUCUACUUGA